CCCCGGCUUUGGCCGACCUCGAGCCUGUUUGCAUACAAAUUGAACACGCGAAACGCAACUAGUUAAAAAGAGCAGAUGGCUUUGAGCGAGAAAGACCGUACACUUCUCUAUUUGUUUCUUCUCUGGCUGAUUUAUCUCAUUGUUGGCGUUUUCAUAUUCAGAGCUGUCGAACACGAUGGCGAUAAAAAGCCAGAUAAAACCGAAGAAGCGAAACUGGAGACGAUCAAGCUCAAUACUAUGGCGAAGUACAACAUGACUGAAUCGGAUUUCAACAACAUUGUACAGCAAAUCGAGACAGCUUCUUCGUCAAAUGCAGGACCAGUAUGGAACUACCACGAAGCAGUGUCUUUCGUGAUUCAGUUAGUAACAACCAUUGGAUAUGGUAAUAUCACUCCAGUGACAACAGGCGGCAGAGUGCUUUGUAUAUUCUACGCCUUCUUUGGUAUCCCCAUCAACAUUUUGUUCCUGCAGUUAGUUGGAGAAAGAAUGUUGCGAGGUGAACAACAUCUUGUGACGAGAUUCGAAACAAGUUGUCUAAAGAGGGAAGGCGUGCCAAAAUAUUUAAAUGAGAAGUGUUCUUUCUUGGGUUUCGUGUUGCUAGUGAUAUUGUUAGUUAUAAGCGCUCGAACUCAAAAGGCCAUUGAUGACUGGACUUUCUUUGAAGGAUUUUACGCUUACUUCAUCACAUACACAACUGUCGGCUUUGGGGAUCUGAUCCCAGGGGAGAAACCAAGAUCUGCAGGGCAUACAGCUGUUCGAGUCAUAUUCAUCAUCCUUGGUUUGGCAGCCAUGUCAAACGUCAUCAAUGCCCUGGUGAAAUGUACCGAGUGCCUACGUUGGUUCACGAAAUUGACAGCACGGUGUGGAAGAAAUAAAAGGGUCGACAGACCCGUUGAAACGGAGGGAGGUGGUGAAUUGGAGUUAAACGAACAAAUCAAGUGAGAUCUGACCAGUGUAGAUUUUUGGAUGCAUAUAAAAUUUUGCCAGAUUUGCCGGCAAAAUGCUCUUGUCAGGGGGUAUUGUAGUUGAGUAAGCGGUACGAAAGCGAGUGCAAAGAGUUGUAAUAAGAGAGACUUGAUAGGUAGUCGACAAAAGUGAGAAAGUUGCCAUGAUAUGUAAAACAAAUGUCUUAAACAAAAUACAGUUGUGAAAGAAAGAAUAAAUGUUUCAUAUUUCGAUGCUGUUAAGCAAGCUGUUAACAUAAGUCGAUCAGUUUUGAUCAGUAUCCGUAUUAAAACCGAUGGUGGCUGCCAAUGGAACAAGAACAUGGCGCAAGGAAAUGUGGUAAAUCCGUAACUCUCAUCUCAGUUCAUUAGAGACAUUUUAAACUCUACCUUUCAAAAACACGAAUUUACUACUAAUAAUAAAUGUUCGUCAGGUGCAGGAAAAAAAAUAACAAUGUAACUUUCAAUCGCUAAUUUACAUGAGAUUAAAACUUGAAUAAUUUCGGCAAUAUGUAUACAACUGUUUAGCCCCAGACCAGAAGUCGAAAACACUGUCUAUUUCUGUCCGGAUUGGGACUUAAUCGACUUCUGGUUGUGGGCUAAUCGGCUGCGGGUUAAUCGACUUGGGGGCUAAACGACUUGCACUCAGCAGCAAGACAGUAUCAUAAACCAAGGACAUAUAAGCCUAACAGAAGAAAUUAGGGCCUAUUUAUACACAUUUUUACGGCUUUAUGUACCAAUUAGGCACGAAGAGAAUUAUGUAUGUGUAUGACGUCAACGUGAUAUGUAAGGAAUAACCAUUGUUUUCAACUUUAGACCAAUAAAUGAUAAACUGAACACCAAAAUAAAGAGAACGACGGCUUUUAACUA